AUGGUCUCGACGCGCAGCCACCCCACCGCCUUCCCACCGCCCGAGCUGACCUCGCCGACCAAAUCGCCCUCGAAGCGUGGAGGCUCGCGCGCCACGUCGACGGCCUCGCCCGCACCCGGCGCGCCCAUCGCCAACGCCGCCGCACCACCCACUUCCGCCCCGACCUCCGCUCCCACCUCCGCACUCGCCAUCUCCAACAACAACAAAAAUGCCAUCGCGAAGAAACAGUCCCCCUCGACCACAUUUCUGUGGACGCACACGCCCUCGCGCCUCACGCUCGCCUGGCUAGCCCUCUCGCUGCCGCUGGUGGCGUGGGACACGGGCUACAUGCUGCUGCGGCCGCACACGAUGCCGGGCGGCUCGCUGCACUGGCCCGUGUGGCAGCCGUACGCGCUGUACGGCACCGUCGACUACGUCUACGGCUUCCCCGCGUGGGAGCGCGGCGACGGCUUCGGCGCCGCGCAGGCGACCCUCAACCUCGUCGAGACGCUCAUGUACCUCGUGUACCUGGGCAUCGUGUACAAGGCUGGGACGAGCGAGCAAGCGGUGCAGGGACGCGGCGCGCCGAGCAAGGAGGUGGUGGGGGAGAAGGUUGCUGGCGCGAGGGUUGUCGCGGGUAGGGCGGCGGCGCAAGCGGUGCUGGUGGCGUUUGCGGCGAGCGUGAUGACGUUGAGUAAGACGGUGUUGUAUUGGUUGAUUGAGUGCUGGAAUGGGUUUGAGAAUAUCGGGCAUAAUGAUGCGGCCAGUUUGUUCUUUUUGUGGAUCGUGCCGAACGGCGCGUGGCUCAUCUUCCCGACAUACAUGAUUUACGUCUUUGGAAGCGAAAUCGUGCAGGGCUUGGAGGCGGCUGGGGCGGUGGUGUUGACUAAGAAGUCGCAGUAG